UUGUCACUUGUGCUGUUGUGCACCUUCUAGCAGUUAGUUAUAGACAAAAAAACAGAGGGACCCUGCUUCAAAAUUUCAUUGUAUAGAUUGUUUGUUCUAUAUUUUCUAAUGGGUAUCAAGUUGAAUAGACCAGUCACUGUUGAGAUUUUGUUUCAAGUUUUUAUAGUCCUAUCCUUGUUUAGGAUUACAACUUCGGUUUUACAACCAGCAAAUUUUGUCUUCGGAGAUUCUCUUGUCGAUGUGGGGAACAACAAUUACAUUGCUUCCCUCUCAAAGGCUAAUUAUGUUCCUUUUGGAAUUGACUUUGGAAGACCAACAGGGAGGUUCACAAAUGGAAGAACCAUUGUUGACAUUAUAGGUCAAGAAAUGGGUAUUGGUUUUACCCCACCUUACUUAGCACCCACUACAGUUGGACCAGUGAUUUUGAAAGGUGUCAACUAUGCUUCUGGGGCAGGUGGAAUCCUCAAUCUCACUGGAAAGCUCUUUGGUGACCGAAUCAACUUUGAUGCACAGUUAGAUAAUUUUGCUAAUACAAGGCAAGACAUCAUCUCCAACAUUGGUGUUCCUACGGCUCUCAAUCUAUUCAAAAGGUCUAUAUUUUCAGUAGCAAUGGGUUCCAACGAUUUCAUUAAUAACUAUUUAGCACCAGCAGUCUUAAUUUACGAGAAGAAUUUGGCAUCUCCAGAACUCUUUGUGACCACCUUAGUGUCAAGGUUCAGAGAACAGCUCAUUAGGCUAUUCAAUCUAGGUGCCAGGAAAAUUAUUGUGACAAAUGUGGGGCCUAUUGGGUGUAUACCAAGUCAGAGGGAUAUGAACCCAACUGCGGGUGAUGGCUGUGUCACUUUCCCCAAUCAGCUAGCACAGUCAUUUAAUAUCCAGUUGAAGGGCCUCAUUGCAGAGCUCAAUUCAAAUCUGAAGGGUGCAAUGUUUGUUUAUGCAGAUGUCUACAACAUUUUAGGAGACAUACUCAACAAUUACGAAGCAUAUGGUUUUGAGAACCCAUAUUCCUCUUGUUGUUCCAUGGCUGGGCGAUUUGGAGGUUUGAUUCCCUGUGGUCCUACUUCGAUCAUUUGCUGGGACAGAUCCAAGUAUGUGUUUUGGGACCCUUGGCAUCCUACUGAUGCUGCAAAUGUUAUCAUAGCUAAGCGCCUCUUGGAUGGAGAAAAUAACGACAUUUUCCCAAUGAAUGUUCGCCAACUCAUUCAAUAUUUGACCUGAUUCUUCUGCUAAUAUGAGUGUUUGAGGGUUGUUUGGAUAUAGUAUUAUGAGAUAUACUACAUUUUGGGUUGAGAGUAGGGAAUAUGUUUGUUGAUUGAUGUGGUUGUUAGUGCAGGGUACCCCUGCAGCUAGGAAAUGUCAAAUGUGUGCCUUACUAGUGAUUAAUGCACAGGCGAGUUUAAAAUGUAUCAGUGAAACUCGUGAUUAACAAUGAAAAGCAUGCAUUUUUAUAA